CGGCCGGGUAUUGUGCUGCUGAUAGCUGUGAUUCCGCGGUGCGAACAACCAGUCCAUCAGUCCACGCGGGUCUCGAGCGCCGAGAUCCAGGUGUCAUGCAUCUCCUUUUUGGGCUCUGUUUCUUGCCCCUCCUCUCCGCCACCCUCCCGCCGACACGCCCAUCGCAAAACUUUAAAAUCGAAGAGCUUGGUGACGAAGAGACAGCGAGAGACAGCGUCCGCGGUGACGUCAGAAAACGUCAAGCGCAGGCUAUUGACUUUCAAGAAUGCGCGGCUCCAAAUAAUAGAACUGGGCACUGCCGUCACCUGGAGGAUUGCCUGAUACCGGAGUACACAGAGACAUAUAGAGAAAACAUCAAACAUUUUUGCGUCAUCGAUGUCAAAAAUGCUCUCUACGCUGGCGUGUGUUGCCCAGACGACACGGCAUCAAAGACUUUAUCGACUCGCCAGAUUUUAUCACGGGAGAGCCCAAUCGAUUCGAGGAUCGUCAACAGCGCGCAAUCAAAUCUCGCCCAAUCGAAUCUUUGUGGUAGCAAUGGGAAAAAAACAGACAGAAUAAAUGCAGGAGAGGCUAACUACAACGACUGGCCAUGGAUGGUCGCCCUCAUGCAGUACAAGAAAUUCAAGAGGUCGUGGGUUCACUUCUGUGGCGCCGUCCUCAUCACAGAAACACACGUCAUCAGUGCUGCACACUGCUUCAAUACACUGAAAUGGCAGGACAUUAUGGUACGAAUAGGGGCUUACAAUUUCAAAAAGGCAAAUGAAUUCCCUUACACUGACUACAAGGUAAGAGCGGCGAAAAUCCAUGAAGAUUACGAUAAAGCUACAAAUGAGAAUGACUUAAUUAUACUAAGCUUGGAACGUCCGGUCAAGUUCAACAAGAUGGUGCGGCCAGUUUGCCUGCCGAGCCCUCAGUCGGAAGAUGUUACCACGCUCGUCAAUCGAACUGCUGUUGUCGCAGGUUGGGGUGCCACAUCUUUCGGGGGACCAGCCAGCAGCACCCUGCUAGAAGUAAGUGUUCCUAUUUGGGAGCAUGAAUUCUGCAAAGGCCAGUUGACGCAAGUGAUCCACGAUACAACUAUAUGUGCGAGUGCCUAUGAAGGAGGCAGGGAUGCUUGUCAGGGAGACUCGGGUGGUCCUCUCUUUUUCCAGCGUACUGAUGGAAGAUGGACAUCAAUUGGUGUUGUGUCUUGGGGAGUUGGUUGCGCAGCAAAAGGAAAACCUGGAGUGUACACUCGCCUUACAAGCUACCUGCCUUGGAUUGCUCAGGCCCAAAAAGAAAUGGGAGUGUUCACCAGUUGAAGCGCUAGACUAUGCGGAGUUUCAUCUGAAGAAGUGCUGGAUUUCUAUCGGAGAAAAAUCAAACUCUAAUGGAUGACUAAACAAAGAGAGCGUUUGGACCACAUUCAGCAGAAAGGAACCAAGCCACAUCAGCUAUUGCCAAAUUCAAUAGAGCAAUUUAAUUUUUUACAAGAGAACGUUUUUGCAGAUUCCUUUGACAUUUUUGAGGAAUUUGCUUCGUACUACGCAGAAAAUUCACUGAAAUUUGAAGAAAAAUCCGCACAACCGUUUUUCGGUAAAAAAUUUAAUUGCCCAAUUUGAUUUGGCAAUAGCUGAUGUGGCUUGGUUCCUUUCUGUUUCACGCGGUCCAUUUAUGGUCUCAUAAAUGAAGUUCUAGGAGAAGAAUUCUACCAAAAUGGCGAAAUAAUGGUGACAGUAGAAAACAUAUGUAUCUUGUGUUGCAAAGUUGCUAGUCUCAAAAACCUCUCUACUAAAUAUUUCAGAAUUCCAUUGAUUUUCAACUACAACAGGAGAAACUCAUUGUAGCUAAAAAGAAAGAUACAACCAAAAACUAACUCCAUACCUAGAUUAUGAAAUGGGAGCCCGAUAAGUGCGUAACAUCGCACAACACGAUUUAUAAAUUCAUUUGCGUAGAGAUUGAACAUGUGAUAUUUUUGAAUUAUAAUUUUGAAAAAUGAAGUGAAAUAAAAAAGAAAACAAGAAAA